AUGGCUGCGGAGGGCUCUGCUCUGCGGUCUGGGUCUCCCCUGGCGAGGGAAGGGGAAGCGGCCCAAGCCGGGAGGAAGCCAGGAGGGGCACCGGCAGCGACUGGCAGGGAAGGAGGAGAUGCCCGGAAGGAGCCCGAGGGGGUCCCGCAAGCAGAAGCUCCGGCUGGAGGAGGAAGGGAGCAGGGACCCUCUGCAGCGGAGAGUAAGGGGAAGUCGGAAGAAACAGAAGGGGCGUCGGCGGGAGAAAAACGACAAGAUCCGGAAGAGAGUCCCGGUGCCAGCAAGCAGGUCUCGGAGGACGUGUGGUAUGAAACGGAGAAGGUCUGGCUGGCCCAGAAGGAUAGAUUCGCCCUUGCCACUGAACUAAAGCCGGACGUGGGGACUCUGGAGCCGCCUCCAGGCAUCGUGCGGGUUCGCGUGGACGCCGAUGGCUCCAUCGCUGAGGUGGAAGAAGAAAGUGUCCAGAAAGCCAACCCGUCCAGCCUGGACUACGCCGAGGACCUGGCUGCGCUGGUCAGCCUGAACGAGGCAAGCGUCCUCCACGUUCUCCGCCAGAGGUGCCAGUCACAGCUGCCGUACACAUACUCCGGUCCUCACUUGAUCGCCCUCCGGCCGUUUUCUUCCGUGGCCAGCAGCUCCAAGAAGGCCUUCCAAGGCAGGAAGGACAGGAUGUCUCCACACAUCUUUGCCGUGGCCCAGCGGGCCUACUGGAACAUGCUGAUGCAGCGGCAGGAUCAGGCCAUCGUGCCCCUGGGCAGAAGCCACACCGGAAAGACCACCUAUUGCCAGAGUAUCCUGGAAUACCUCGUGGGCACUGCAGGCAGUGUGGACAACCGGGUCACAGUGGAGAAGAUCCAGGCCAUGUUCACGGUGCUCAGAGCCUUUGGCGCAGUGUCUGCUGGUCUUAACAAAGCCUCCACCCGCUUCUCCAUGGUCAUGGCACUGGAUUUCAGUGCCACUGGACGUGUAACAGCUGCCCAUCUCCAGACGAUGCUGCUAGAAAGAGCCCGCGUGGCGCAGCAGCCCGAGGGAGAAGGCACCUUCAAUGUCUUCACGCAGAUGCUGGCGGGGCUGGACUUAGACCAGAGGUCAACUUUGCAUCUGCAUCAAAUGGCGGAGAGCAACUCCUUUGGCAUCAGACCCUGCCUAAAGGGAGAAGAGAAGCGGGAGGCGUCAGCUGCCUUUUCCCAACUGCAGGCCGCCCUGGGGACCCUGGGAAUCGUGGCGGCUGAGCAGGAUGCUCUCUGGCGCGUCUUGGCCGGCAUUUAUCACCUUGGUGCUGCUGGCGCCUGCAAAGUGGGUAGGAAGCAGUUCCUGAAGUUCGAGUGGGCCCUGCGCGCGGCCGACGUCCUGGGCUGCGAGGCGGAGGAGCUGACCACGGCCGUCUUCAAGCACCACCUGCAGCGGAUUAUUGAGCAGGUCACCACCGGAGCCGGCGCGGAGCUCAAGCGAGACCAGGAACCAUCCGACGGCCCCAAGCUGACCGGGGUGGAGUGCCUCGAGGGCAUGGCCGCCGGGCUGUACGAGGAGCUGUUUGCGGCUGUCGUGACGCUGAUCAACAGGUCCUUCUCUUCGAGCCAUCUCUCGACGGCCUCCCUGGUGGUGGUGGACACCCCCGGCUUCCUCAGCCCCGGGCACAAGAAGAAAGAGCGGGCGGCCACCUUCGAGGAGCUCUGCCACAACUACGGGCAGGAGCGACUGCAAGGGCUCUUCUACAAGGCCGCCCUGGAGUCGGAAGUGGCAAGAUACCAGGAGGAAGACGUGGAGGUGCCUUUUGAUCUGCCUGAACUCUCGCCAGCCGCCACGGUGGCCCUCAUAGAUCAAAAUCCAUCCCAGGUGCCUCUCUCUUCCGGGGGCCCCUUGGAAGACCCCAAAGGCCUGCUCUGGAUCCUGGAUGAAGAGGCCCUGAUCCAAGGCUCAAGCGACAGCCAGGCCCUCGACCGCCUGUGCUCGGCCUUCGGGAAGGAAGGGGUGAGCGGGGAAGAGCAGGGAGUCCUCCGCAGGUGUGAGCAGCCCCUGCAGUUUGAGGUAGCCCACCGGCUGGGCAAGGACCCCGUCCGCUACGAUGCCACCGGCUGGGUGAACAAGGCCAAGUGGAACCUCUCUGUGCAAAACGCCAUUCAGCUCCUUCAGCAGUCCAAGAUAGAGGCUCUGAGAAAAGUCUUCCUGCCACGCUCCAAGGUGCCCCUGGUCUGCCGGUCAGUGGCAGGUCUGGAGGGCCACUCGCAGCAAGCUUUGCAGCGCGUUGGCUGUGUGAGAAAGACGUUCACUGGCAGCUUUGCAGCCAUGAAGAAGAAGUCCGUGUGCGCCCAGAUCAAGCUCCAGCUGGAUGCCCUCAGCAAUCUAGUGAAGCGAUCUCAGAUCCACUUCCUCCACUGCCUCGACCCGGGAACGCCUGAAGAGGCUCAGCCACCCGCGGAGACGCUGGAAGCAGCCCCGGGGACGGCGUGGGAUGUUCCCGCCCUGCGCGUCCAGCUCUCCGGAAGCCUGAUCCUGGAGGCGCUGCGGCUCUACAGAAUUGGAUAUGCGGAUCGCGUGGCGCUGACCCAGUUCCGGCGGCACUUCCAGAUCUUGGCUCAGCCGGAGAUGAAGAAGUUCAGCCCAGCCUACGGAGUGGCGGAUGAGAGGAAGGCUUUGGAGGAACUCUUCCAGGCCCUCGAUUUGGAGAAGAAGAGCAUUGCAGUGGGCCACACUCAGGUCUUCCUGAAAGCCGGGGUCCUGCCCCGGCUGGAGAAGCAGAGGGAGAAGCUGGUGUCACAGAGCGUGGUCUUUCUCCAGGCGGCCUGCAAAGGGUUCCUCUCUCGUCAGAAGUUCAAGAAGUUAAAGAUUCAGGGCCUGGCUGUCCGGUGCAUCCAGAAGAACCUGACUGUCUUCCAAGCUGUGAAGAACUGGCCGUGGUGGCGGCUGAUGUGCAGCGUCCGGCCACUCCUGACCAUCAGCCUGGCAGAGGGCCAGCUCCGAGCCAAGGAGGAGGAACUUGCAACACUCCGAAAGAAGUUGGAAAAUUCAGAAAUUUCUCGCCAGGAGCUUCGGCAGAACACCGAAUUGCUGGAAACCAAGAUCAUAGACCUCACAGCAGAGCUGUCGGACGAGCACUUGAAAGGAGACGUCGCCUGUCGGGUGCUGGAAGGGGAACGGGCUGAAAGGCUGCGGGCGUCGAAGGAGGUCAAAGAGCUGCAGAGCAAGCAGCACCAACUUCAGAAGCAGCUGGAGACAGCCGAAAAGCAGUUGGAGGAAACGCAACAGCAGCUUCAGCUCCGUGAAACUGGUGCCAACAGCUCUGGGAAAGGGGACGAGUGGCAGACGCGCCUGGACUGCGCGGAGACCGAGAUUGCGUUUCUGCGGAAAAGGAUCACGCAGCUGGAAGAAAGGCUGGAGCGGGAGCAGCAGUCCAAAGCGGACCUGGAGCAAAAGCUCAGCCAGGUCCAGCAGCUCUACGAGGGUGCCAGGCGGACUGCCCAGCAACUGAAACGGAAGUGCAAGCAGCUGGCCUGUGACUUGGAAGACGCGCGGGUGCUGACGGAGAACCAGCAAAGUCGCAGCCACGAGCUGGAGAAGAAGCAGAAGAAGUUCGACAUGCAGUUGGCUCAGGCCCUGGGGGAGUCGGCCUUUGAGAAGAGCCUUCGUGAGAAAGUGGCGCAGGAGAACACCGGCCUCCAGUUCCGGCUGGGGAGGCUGCAGCAGAGCCUCGAGCAAAAAGAGUCGGAAAGCGACGGCCUCAGCCGACAGGUCGCGAUUCUGAGCUCCCAAGUGGAGGAGCUCAGCUCCUCUGCCAGCCUGGACGCCGGCGCCACGGCUGCUCUGCAGAAGAAGCUCUGGGAUCUCGAAUCCAGAACCACGGAGCAGCAACAGGAGCUGAGCCACCAGGCGAGCACUGUCGAGCAGCUGGAGCAGCUUCACCUGAGACUCGAACUGGAAAUGGAGAGGGUGAAGCAGAUUCACCAGAAGGAGCUGGAAGACAAGGAGGAAGAGCUGGAGGACACCCGCAAGUCCUGCCAGAAGAGGCUUCGCCAGCUGGAGAUGCAAUGCGAACAGGAGUGUGAAGAGAAGCAGGCAAUCCUGCGCGAGAAGCGGGACUUGGAGGGCCUCGUUGCAACGCUCUGCGAGCAGAUCGGCCACCGGGACUUUGACGUGGAGAAGCGACUCCGGCGUGACCUGAAAAGGACACAUGCCUUGCUGGCGGAUGUCCAGCUGCUGCUGGAGAGCUCUGGGGCAGAUCCGUGUCUGUCCGGAAGUCCGGAGGAGUGGGCCAAGCUUCGCAGCCAGUGGGAAGAGAGCGCAGCCAGAUGUGCCGAAGCCCAGGAGUUGCAGAAGACGCUGUCGCUCGAGGUGGAGAAUUUGCAUUCGGAGCUGGAGACCGCCACCAGGAACAAAAACUUGGUCGACGAACAGCUGUACCAGCUCCAGCAUGAGAAAGCCGAUCUGCUGAAGCGCAUUGAGGAGGACCAGGAAGAUCUGAACGAGCUGAUGGCGAAGCACAAGGCGUUGAUUGCACAGUCAGCGACAGACAUUGCCCAAAUCCGAGAACUGCAGGUGCAUCAGGAGGAAGCGAAGAGGGAGAAGCACGCCCUGCAGGAGAAACUGCAGGCAGCGCAGGCCCGGUUGUCCUACUUGGAGCAAGCCAUGGUGGAACGGUCCAUCGUCAGCCGCCAGGAGGCCUUGAUCUGCGACCUGGAGAACAAGAUGGAGUUCCAGAGCGUUCAGAUCAAGAGGUUCGAGGUGCUGGUGCUCCGUCUCCGAGACAGCGUGAUCAAGGUGGGAGAGGAGCUGGAGAGGGCGAAGGAGAGUGAAGCGCGCGAGCGGGAGAACGCCCACUACUACCGGCUGCGGCUGGAGGAAAUGAAGGCCGACAUGAGCGAGCUGGCGCAGAGGGAGCUGGAGGCCAGUCGCAAGCGGGUGGAUCUGGAGAAGCAAGUGGACGAGCUCUCGGCGGUACGGCAGACUUUGCAGGCAGACCUGGAAACCUCGAUCCGGCGCAUUGCGGACCUGCAGGUGGCUUUGGAAGAAGUGCAGUCGAGCGAUGAGAGCGAGACGGAGAGCGUCCAGACGGCCCGGGAUUCCCUCAAUUCACGGCAGGAGACGGGCAGUCAGUUGAGUUUGGGCUCAAGUUCAACACUGAGCUUAAAUCUGGAAUCUGAGGGAAGUGUCAGGUCCUGGUUGGAGACGGCGUCAGGCUGGACUUCUCCAUCCGCUCCCAGUCUGGCUGGAAGCACGUCUCAGCUCUCCGUCGACAGCCGGAGCACCCAAGGCCUGAGGGUGAACAAGGACCUAGAGAAAAGCUGGCAGCCAAUGCCAACGCUGAAUGCAAAAAGAAAGGAAUAUGGAAGAUGCACAGGGGACUCUGCUCCCAGCAAAGCUGAAAGUCCUUCCAUUGGCCCUCUGAGACGUGAAUAUGGGAAGCCCAUUUGCAAGGAGGGAUUUGACAGCACCCCCAAAUUAGAUGCUGUGUCACCAUCUGCAGUGAGGCAGAUGUCCUCUCCAGCAGCAGCUGAAGAGAAGUUUCCAAGUCCUUUAUCUCCUUCUCUGAACAGAAGAAUAUCUCCUUUGGCAGAGGAUAAGCUGUCCCGCUCCUCCUCUGCACUUUCUGAGUACAUUGAAGAGCUGCGGAGAAAAAGAUUGAAAGAAAAAGAGCCUUUGGAUGAGGCCUCCUCUUUGCCCAUUUACCAAACAACAGGGGCUUCCUUCCUAAGAAGAUGUAGGACUUUGAAGGACAAUGAAGAUUUUCAAAUAAGCCUGGAUGACCUUGGUGCAAAUCCUGGAGUUGACCUGGUUCGCUCCUCCAAUUUGAGAAGCAACUCAUCAGAUUGCAUGGUACGGCCAUCUCUCUCCCCAGCUCUGAAAAGGGCCUCCAGAUUUGGCUCCUAUGACUCCCUUGUUCAGAAUAUAGAUGACACUUACCCAAAACUUGGCUCUCCAAUCCUGGGUGAAGACAUAGUCAGCACAUCACGACUAAGGCCAUGGAGAAGUUGCCUGGAGCCAUCUUUGGAAGAAAGCAUGGAUUUUGGGAAAGAACCUCUGAUGUUCCAAAGCAAGAGAUUGGGUGAGAUUCCAAGUGAAGGAAAGGAUCCAUUUUCUUGGAAAAUACCAACACUAAGUUACGAGCGAAAAACAGAUGCUGACUUAGAUGACUUUCUCCCAGCCAUCCAAAAAGCCCAGUCUACCAAUAGCUUGCCUAGAGGUCCCAAGGAGAAGAAGGAUGGACAGCGGCCCUUGAGUGUCCAUUUUGAAGACCAAGUCACCCCUCACCGCACCUUCUUAUCUGAGAUAAAGACCAUUUUAUCUCCACAGUCGAAAUCUAAAGAGGACCGUGGAAAUCUCUCUGACUCAUCUUCUUCCUCUGGCUCAGUGAUGUCUUUCAAAAGUGCUGACAGCAUCAAGUGUCGGCCUAAAAUCCAAAGGCAGGAAGGGGAAGGAUGUGUGGGGAAAGGAAGCACUGAAGGUGCUAAAGUUGACCCACGGUCUGAGGCUGAAGGGAAAGAAGAUGAUGUAACCAGUAUCAUGAUGAAGUACCUUGGAAAAGAGUAAGGGCCAAGGCUUCGUCGGAAGCAGCCAGAAAAAUGGAUCUGCAAGCACGGUUUUCUUCUGUAGACAACGGCUUCCCCCCUGCUGGAGCUGCCAGAACCACAGUGCACAACCACGUGUGUGUGUGCAUGUGUAUGUGUGUGCCUAGGUGUGUGAGAGAGAGAGAGAGAGAGAGAGAGAGAAAGAUUGAUGUGCAGGCCUUACCUGUCAGAAGCUGUUUGGGGAGCUCUCUUGGACUUGUUCCAAAUAAAACGUUUUGGUUCUUGAA